AUGGACUUCUCUACUCCCCCACCGAACUUUAGUGGGGAUCCGGCGGACGUUCAGACUAGUGUAGCUGCAAGUGUCGACUCUACUGUUCUCACCUCAGACGAUAACCCAGUACGUCCUACCGCGUCUGUGAAGAAUCUCUCCAUUACUCCCACAGCAUCCUUAGUUUCUUCGACCCGCGCCGCCACUUUGGGUGAAGUCGACGUUGCGUCCUCUUGUUCUAGCGGUUCCUUCCCGUCAUCUCCACCGGGUCCGUCCAAGCCGUGGACGGCCGAGUCUCUCAGUCAUGAUGAUACCAGCUGGGCCAGCCCUUCAGAAGUUUCAUUAGCAUUCGGGGCGAAGUUCGUUAACCCGCGUCCCGUCCGUAUUCUCCGUAGCCCACUUCUACGGGUAGAUCUCCGGAUCCCGACGGAAACUUAUUCGCACCCUCCUCCUUCCGGCCACCUUAAGCCUCGCUUUAACCGGACGUUGUUACCCUUAAUUUCGAUACCGAAGGACGGAGUACCUCUGGCAGUUCCUUUGAUAAAACUGCAGCAUUUGGAGGACAUCAUCGCGUUUCGACAGCGUUCCUCCCUCAUUAUCCAGGAAGUAUUAGCGAGCUCAUAUUCAGAUGUUGACGUCGGAUCGGUGGAAGAGACUCCCUCGGGUCGUCACGGUACCGUGAAUCUACCGCCUAUUGUUGAUCGCAUUAGACCUGUCCUUUACCAAGCGGUUUCAACAGGAUGGGGUUCCGGCGUUAUCCUCGAAGCUAAAGACUUCUUCACUGUAGGGCCCGAUCGUCGCGAUUUGCAAUGCAUAAUCUUCGAUCAGCAUACCAUCAAUGUUGUUAGCUCCUGA